GCCUUUGAUUUACGGUAUCAUUUACGUGGCCGUAGUGGUUGGUAAACCGAAUUUUCAAUCAUGGUGACACUUGUUCGCACAGAUUUUCCUACUUUAAGGACAAUAUUUUGUAUAGCAGGAAUACUUCUGUCAUUUUAUGCACUUUAUGUCGAGCUCAGCAAAGAACAUAACCCUGAUUUUCAGGCGAUGUGUGAUUUAAGCGGGACCAUCAGUUGUUCAAAGGUGUUCACUUCCAAAUAUGGAAAGGGCUUUGGAAUUAUUGGACAGAUUUUGGGAGAGGAUAACAUUCUCAAUCAGCCCAACUCCAUUUAUGGUAUAAUCUUCUUUUGUCUUCAAAUCGCUUUGGCGAUGGUCUUCAGUUACUCAGCGUCCAUUCUCCUUCUAUUAACAUCAGUAGUAUCUGUCAUUGGUUGCUUCUACCUUGCGUAUAUACUCAUGUUCGUUCUGGAGGAUGCUUGCCUUGUCUGUAUAUCAACGUACGUCGUGAAUGCCGCCCUCUUUUUCAUCAAUUUAAUCCGGUGGAAUUCGGAAAGGAGAGAAAGAAAGUAUACAAGGAAGUCCAAAUCGGAUUGAUGCCAAAAUCAGUUCUUGAGUUUUAUUUGUAAAUGUUUUUAUUGCAA